AAUAAGCAUUUUUAAAAUAUCAUUCUUUCUUGGUAUUUUUCCAGUCAUGGCUUCCUCCAGCAGUUUCCUCUGUGAAGAUCAGCUCCAGUGCUCCAUCUGUUUGGAUGUGUUCACUGAUCCAGUCUCUACUCCAUGUGGACACAACUUCUGCAUGAUCUGUAUCAAAAAAUACUGGGACACUAGUUCAACAUGCCAGUGUCCAGUUUGUAAGGAGAGCUUCUUUAAAAGGCCUGAUCUUCGUGUAAAUACUUUCAUCUCUGGACUGGCUCUUGAGUUUAAGAAAUCAGUUCAGGUGAAAUCCAGCAGCGCUGCAGAACAACUUCCGUCCAAACCGAAAAAUGUCAAUUGUGCUUUCUGCACUAGAGAAAAGUCUCUGAGGUCCUGUCUGGAUUGUGGAGUUUCUUACUGUAACACUCAUCCGAUGCCUCAUAGAACUGUAGCUAAACUCAAGAGGCACAAACUGAUCGAUCAUGUGGAGAACCUGGAGGAUUACAUCUGCCAGAAACAAGAAAAACAUCUGAAGAUGUUCUGUAGACAUGACCAGAUGUGUGUAUGCCAGAAAAACCUGAGGAAGACACAGGCAGAAGUUCAGCAAAUGAUAGUGGAGCAUCUAAAUAAAAUAAAGAAAAUUAAACUCUCUGUAGAACUUAAUCAGAAAAACACAGAGAAGGAGAAAGCCGACAGUAUGAAGGUGUUCAGAUCUCUGAUGAGCUGCAUUGAGAGAAACCAGGCUGAGCUGUUUAAAGUGAUUGAAGAGAAGCAGAGAGCAGCAGAGCAUCAGGCUGAAGAGUUCAUUAAAGAUUUAAAACAGGAAAUUGUUGAACUAAAGAGGAAAAAUGCAGAGCUGGAGCAGAUCUCCAAAACUGAGGAUCAUCUCCACCGUCUACAGAUUCACCCAUCCCUGUGCAGUCCUCCACCCACCAAGAACUGGACUGAUACCAAGAUUAAUCCUCAUCUGAAUGUGGAGACUCUGAGGAGAGCUCUGUCUCAGCUUCAGGAAACUCUCAACAUGGAAAUGGAGAAGAUUGUUGAGAUUGAACUGAAGAAAAUUCAGAAACAUGCAGUGAACGUGACUCUGGAUCCUGAUACAGCUCAUCCUAAACUCAUCCUGUCUGAAGAUGGAACACAAGUACAGCAUGGAGACAACAGACAGAAUCUCCCUGAUAAUCCAAAGAGGUUUAAUCAUUGUGUUAAUGUGCUGGGAAAGCAGCGAUUCUCUUCAGGACGAUUUUACUAUGAGGUGCAGGUCAGCCAGAAAACUGACUGGACUUUAGGAGUGGCCAAAGAGUCCAUUAACAGGAGAGGGAUGAUUACACUCACACCUGAGACUGGAUACUGGUGUAUGUGGUUAAGGAAUAAGACUGAAUAUAUGGCUUGUGAUUAUCCCCGGGUUCUCCUCACACUGAAACAGGCUCCUCAGAAGGUGGGGGUGUUUGUGGAUUACGAGGAGGGUUUGGUCUCUUUCUAUGACGUAGAUGCCAGGUCUCAUAUCUACAGUUUUACUGAUCAGUCUUUUACUGAGAAACUCUAUCCGUACUUUAGUCCCUGUAAUCAUAAGGAAGGUAAAAAUUCAGCACCACUGGUCAUCAAACCUACUCUUCACAGAAUCCAAAAUUACUGUUUAUAAAUAAAUAGACAUAUUACAGAAUUUAAAUUAAGAUUAGAGAGAUUACAUUGAUAUAGUUUUAGUUUAUUUUGUUUUUACUGUGGCCUUUAUAUUGUAACAAUAACAUUUUAUAUUGUUUUAUUUUUAAAUGAUGAAAUCUAUAAAACAUUAAUAAAAAGGUUUUUAAGAA